CGGCCCUCGUUCUCCACGCUCAGGAGACGUCGCCGCUCAACGACUGUUCCCCACAGUCGCGCGAUAAUGCAGUUGAACAAAGAACGCCAGCGAAAAGUCCGCAACGCAUUGCAUAGGUCGCUUCCUCGAGAAGAUACGCCAGAGCACGCGCUAUGGACGCGCAAUCAACAAUUGUCUCCGCUUCUCCGCCUACCGCCCGAGCUCCGCAACCGAAUCUUCGAACUCGUCCUCAACGUCGGCCAGAUCAACGUGUGCUUCAAGAGAUGGGAACACAGGCUGCGGAUCAAACCCGGAAAUCCCGGGCAUCGGUACUACGAGACGAUCGAGGGCGGUUUCUAUUGCCGCAUCCUCGAGAGGAACCAGAACCCGUGGAAAGCCCAUCGUGAUGGACCCCCACCGCGUCGUGGCAUGACGCUGCUAUCCCCCGUCUGCCGCCAACUUUACCACGAAACAGCCCUGCUGCCCUUCCGCCUCAACGCCUGGUCGUUCGAGUCGUUGCGAGUACUGGACCGCUUCGUCAUGAAGGAAAAGAGGCUACCGCGGCCGCAGCGCCGCGCCAUCCGGCUGCUCUAUACCCAGACCGUCCUCCCACGCCCGUGGAGAGGUACUUUGGUGCCCUGGAGGUGAUCGUACUCG